AUGGACAGGAUUCUGAAUGUUCUUGUUCGGUACUAUGAUGAAGAUGUGGGAAAAGUGGCAACCCAGCAUCUAGCCUCGAGGAAACUGAAUAUUGCAGAUGCCUUAACAAUCACAAACACAUUGAAAGAUAUUCUCCAGUCAUAUAGCCUGAACUGGAAUCAGGUUGUUGGUAUACUGUUGGAUAACUGCAGUGUGAUGAGAGGGAAAAAGUCUGGAGCAGAGACACUAGUCAGAAGAGAAAAAUCCAUCACUGCUGGAUGUCAGCGGAGACACUGUCCAUAUGAAAGAAGUUUUUUUGAGUUUCAGUCCUUACUUCAUUUGGAGAAUAAGAGCCUAAUACGUCCCAUCAGCAGCAGGUUCCUGCAAAUGUUGGAUGUGUGCAACAGAAUACGGGAGCUUAUGGAUCCAUUGACUGUGCACUUCUACAGCGUCCUGUCUUCUCAUGAUCAACACAAACACAGAUGGCUCCUGAACCAGCUUCUUGAUAAGCAUGCAGUUACAUCUGAUGAGAAGGCCAGGAUAAUUUGUCUGCAACAGCAAAUGGCAAAAUCUGCAAGGAUCGGAAGUGAUGUCAACAAAAAACGAAAGACACGCAUCUGUAUGCUUUUUUCAGAGUUCGACAAGCUCACAACCAUUAUUGAUUUGUAUCGAGGUGUACUUCCAACUUUUCAGGUGUUCCUGAAGAAGUUGCAACAUGAAAAGCCCAUGAUUCAUGUGCUGCAUGCUGAAAUGCUGCUACUGGUUAGGGAACUUCUCUCCAAAUUUAUGAAGCCUGAAACUAUUCCUUUGAGUGCAAAGGGCUUGUUGAAGCUUAAUGUUCACCAGAGAGACCUGCAGUACACUGACAAAAGGUUGUCUGUGGGGAGAUUCAGCUUCUUUGCCUUAAACAAGGCUAGAGUAGAAAAGAAGCCCUGGGUGCAGAAGGUCUACAGCUCUCUCAGAGAAGGCUACAUAAAGGCAGCAACAUUCCUCCUGAAAAACCUGCCCCUCAACAACAACAUCAUCACCUCUUUAUCUGCGCUGACACCAUCAUUGAUUCUCCAUGAAUCAGUCCAAGGUGCAUUCAACACCCUUGGCCAAGGCCUUGCCAAAUGCUGUGAAGUCAGAGGAGUUGGGUCAACUGGAUGA